AUGUGUGAGCUAGCAGAGCUCACACCAGGAUAUAUUGUGAAAAGUUGGAAAAUUGUGGAAAGAGUUGGAAAAGGAGGGUUUGGAUCUGUAUAUACAUGUAUAAAUAGCAAAAAUGAGAUCUAUGCGUUGAAGGUAGAGGGUAGAGAAGAAACAGUUCAGCUUUUGAAAAUGGAAGUUUGCGUACUAGCCGAGCUGGCAAAGUAUGGAGGAAGACAUUUUUGCAAAAUUGAAGAUAAAGGACAAAUGGAGGGCUUCAAUUUUGUUGUUAUGACCUUUGUGGGCAUGUCACUAAGCGAUUUGCGAUUGAAAUUUCCCAAGAAAAAGUUCAGCUAUGGUACAGCUGCUUCUGUUGCUAUUCAAGCCUUAGAAGCACUAGAAGAUCUUCACGGAAUCGGCUACCUUCAUAGAGAUGUAAAACCAGCAAAUUAUACAAUUGGUAGACCAGAAGUUGACGAAUUACGGAAGAUUUAUGUGCUUGACUUUGGAAUGUGUCGCAAAUUUGCGCAUGAAGAUGGAACAAUUAAAAAGCCGAGAGCUGUUGCUGAAUUCAGAGGAACAUUGAGAUACGCCCCAGUAUCGUGUCAUUCAAGGAGGGAGCUCUGUAGGCAAGAUGAUUGCGAAUCUUGGUUAUAUAUGGUAGUAGAGUUCACUAAAGGAGGGUUACCGUGGCGGCACUGCACAGAUAUGAAGAAGGUUGGAGAUGAGAAGAGAGCAGUGAGGACUUCCGAAGUCGCCACGAAGCGGCUUUUUGGAGGGUGUCCAAGAGAAUAUAUCGAUAUGUUGAGAGUGAUAGAUGCUGGGAAAUUCUUCGAUGAGCCUGACUACAACCGAUUGUACUCUUUGCUUCGACAAGCAAUAACGAACACUGGCUCAAAGGAAUACCCGUACGACUGGGAAGAAAUGUUUACAGAACAGACCAAAAAAGGAAAAAUCGAAAUCAACAAGCAACAACAACAACAAGCACAACAAGAGGACGAUGACACACAGUCUCCAAAAUGA